AGACUUGUUGGGCCGAAGGGCCUGUUUCCACACUGUAAGUAAUCUAAUCUAAAAUUGCUGUUCAGUUUCUCUCCAGAGCCAACUCAUCCUAUUAUUUCCACGACACCUUUCUCACCCAGUCCAAUGAAGGGAAAAUCACAUCAUCAUAUCUUCCUUUGACUGAACUACUUGUUGACUGACACAGCACAGGAUUUACAUUUCCAACAGAAAAGAGCAGCUGUCUCUGCUGGAGGUGUGCAUCCUGACUCUGACUGCCCUGAUCAGUCUCUGAACUGAUAGUAGAGCCUGCCGUUGAUUUACUUGUCUGAACUAUUUCAAUAGAACAAAGCAAUACACUGAUGUGUGAAUGGCAGACUAUGUGGGAGUCUUGAAAAAAGCUGCCAGAUGAAGUGGUGGAGGCAGUGGAGACUACAGAUGCUGGAAAGUUAGACUCGAUAAAAUGUGGAGCUGUAAAAGGCACAGCUAUUCAAGUAGCAUCAGAAAAGCAGGAGAGUCGAUGUUUCAGGCAGGACCCUUCAGGGUAAAUUACAACAUUUAAAAGGCAUCUGGAUGGGUAUAUGAAUAAGAAGGGUUUUAGGGGGAAUAUGAUGGCAAAUGAGACUCGGUCAGAUUGGGAUAUCUGGUCGGUGCGGAUGAGUUGGACUGAAGGAUCUGUUUCCAUGCUGUAUGACUUUAUAAAGACAGCUUAUAGUGGGUCUGAUAAGAUCUAUUUUCUGUAUAUUUACUGAAUGCUUGAAGAUUUGUUAUUUGAUACUCCGUUUCAUUGUAUUUGAAAACAUUGAAACGUAAAUGCGAAGGAAAUGUUCGGAUACGAUGCUUUGUCGCCCUUAAAUGCGGAAAAUAAUUGAUAUCAAAAUGAUUCUCAGUUCAUUCAAAGUGCAUUAUUCCCGGUUUAGGUGAUGGAUUUCUCAAGAUUCAAUUGUUCUUCUUGAGAAAGUAAACUGAGAUUGAUUUGCAUCCUGAAAAGGAUCGAAGUUUGAUAGAUUAGCCUGGAGGUAUGAUUUGACAAUCAUACUGUACUGGAGGAGUCGAUCGAAACUUGAUUGGAGGAAUGGCUCGAUGAUCGCUUAACUGUGCUAGAAAAGUCGAUCAAAACUUGAUUGGAGGAAUGGCUCGACGAUCGAUUGACUGUGCUGGAGGAGACCACUCGAGACGCUGGAAGAGUCGAUCAAAACUUGAUUGGAGGAAUGGCUCGACGAUCGAUUGACUGUGCUGGAGGAGAUCACACGAGACGCCGGAAGAGUGACAUAAAGAUGGCGAUGCCUUCGCAAGUGCCGGAGGACGGGGAGUGGGAAGAGGAGGAGGAGCAAUUGGUUGUGGUGGAACUCUCAGGGAUUAUCGACCCAGACUUUCUGUUGAAGUGUAGAAAUGAGUGUAAAAUUGUGGGAAUAGACACAGAGCAGCCAAUUAUGCAGGUGGACAGAUGCGUGUUUGCUGGAGAGUAUGAAGAUGUGUUGGGAACAUGCGUGAUAUUUGAAGAGGCCUUUGAGCCAGAUCCUGAAUCAGAGGACAAACCAUCACUCAAGUACAAAUGCCACACGGCAAAGAAGUUGCUAAUGAAGAGGACGUUCCUGAGUGAGAAGAAGGAGGGUGAAGAGAGCACAGGAGGGGUGGAGUAUUUGAAGAUCAAAGAAAAUGAUUUCACGCGAAGAGCUGGUCUGAUUUGCAGCUUCCUCCCAAACCGCAGCAGUUCGAAGGAUGAUGGUGGUAGAGCAACAUCCGAAGGGGUCCUCGAUCCAUUGGCAGUUCAGGACAAGGAGCUAUCUAAUGCCAGCUCAGGUUCAGAGGGUGAGGCCAGUGACCAUGAAAGUGCAGACUUAAGCCAAGAGCUGGAAAGUUUCACAGAUGAACGUGCUGGUGUGAGCUGUGAGAUAAAACCAGAUCCUAUUGGUAAUGUACAGGAACUUGGAGAACAGAGAUCCACUGAACAAAAUGGGAAGUGAGCAACUGCUUUCUUCUCUAUUUUUACUGCAGACAACAUUCCCAACAAUUUCAUUUCAUUGGAAACCUCCCCUCUCUUCCUAAAGGUGCUAUUGCUGCUGUCACAAUGCCACUGCACUGACAGUUACCCAAUUUGUUACCCAACCAUAAUAACCAUAGUGAUGACUAUUAGCAGGCUGUAUGACUAGAGUAUAUGUUAGCAGUCUGGUCCUGUUCAUGUGUGUGUACACACUGGUAAGAAUGUGGUUAUGAACCAAAGAAAGCAUAAGAACUCUACUUUUUUAGUUGAAAUAUGUUUGGUAUUGUUUGUGGUUAGAUAGAGUAUUUUGAAAUAAUUUGUAGCUGUUCAGUAUCAUGACCUUGUACUUUUGUUUGUGAAUUGGUGAAUAUCUAUAUGUAUUAAAAUUUCAGAGCGGCAUUAA